AUGUACGUAAUAUAUCCCGCAGACGAAGUAGUGUCCCUGACAUACAGCUCGCCCUCGGCGCCUCGGCCCAGGCCGCGGCCAACGCUAGACAUUAUAGUUGACCUGCCGCCGCACGCGCCGAGUGAAGCGCAAGCACCUACCCCGCCCCCCGCCCUGACCCGCGCUCUCUCUGUCCCCAAAACGGCGCCCCCGGAGCUAGCGCCUGGCGCGCCGGCCUCGCCGACGCCCUCUACUGAGCGGCCGGCUAAGCCGCGCGACCGCACCAAAAAGCUGUUUAAGAAACUAGGCCGCCAUGAGGACAAUGAAUUCGGCAAAAUAAUCAGAACCCCAGCCCCGGAUGAAUUCGAGUUUCCCGCGCCCCUACCAACCCCAGCUUUCUCCAGGAAAAACAUAUUCGACCGCGAUUUUGAUGCACUCUUUGAAGUUGCAAGUACGCCGGAAUUCUGUGCAAAUAUAAGGGUAACGACGCCGGAGCCUGAUCGUCGGUCUGAUGUGUCUGCACCUCAUUUCCCGUCUCCCUCAGCCUCCUCCCUUAGUCUGCUACCUCCCCGUCCGCAGUCAGAGCCAACGGCGAAUUCAACUCUGGCACAAACAUCUCCACAUUCUACACCUCCAGCUCAACGAUCGUCAUUUGAAGGAAGUAGUCCAAAGCCGAAGAAAGUCAGCUUUUUUCGAAAAUUCAGCCGGUCGAGGGAGACGCCGUCGACAUCUGCCAAAAUGCAGCAGCCGUCGAUAGAGAUGGCUCUGCGAGAACUGACACACCCAUCUCAUAAUGAGCAACUAAAGAAUCAACAACAAGUUACAUUCAAAUUAGUCAAAACAGUCGCGGACUUCACAACACAAUUGUCACAAGUGUACGAGCGACACUCGUCCGAGCUUCAAGUGCUUGUAGCAACUUUUCGUAAAAGGAACAGCGAACUUAAAAAAGAAAGGUAA